AUGCCCCCGGCGGCUCCGCCGUCGCCUCCCGUGUCAUCGGCUUCGUCGCCCGCCGCCCCGUACAUCAAGCCCCAGCCGCGGCCGCCCAGGUCACCCGCGCGCGCCGCGCAGAUCAGGGUGCAGAACCGGCGGCGCGAGUACCUCGAUCGAAAUCCGGGGUACUUUAAUUCGCUGGAGCAUGAGCUUGCCGACCCCAUACUGUAUGACGCGCUCAUACGGCACUUCCAAUCGCCGGCUGAGCGCGAGAAAGAAGGGCGCGAGAAGGGAUACUCGCGGAUAUUAGAGGUAGACCUUUUGCGCGGCGAGGCUAAGCUGGCGCAAGUUACUGCCUCUUCCCAGGAAAGUGGUCUUCCCGCGGAACCUUCAACAGCAGGGCGACCGUCUUGGCUCCCGAAACCGGCGGCGGAGGAUACCGACCCGUUUAUUCGGGAGUAUGCUAACGGGGGCGACGGUCUCGGCGACGAUGGCAGUGGUACUAGUGUUAGUGGCGACGGCGGUGAAACGAAGUUGAAGGGGCUGCCCCGGCGGCCGGAGACUAAGGAGGAGGGGCGUGGGCGGUGGGAUGAUUUUCUGAGACGCCGGUUCGUGCUGGGACGAGAUGAGGACUUUGACUACAGUGCUGUGGAUGAGAAUGAUGAGUUCGACGUGCUUGAGCGGCGCGAGCAGGAGGAGGCGUGGUUUGAUGAUGAGGAUCCUGAUUGGGCGAGUGAUUUCGUCGAGGAUCAGGGGGGUGGUGGCGGGAAGGCAGGGGAAAAGAGGCUUGAGGGGGAAACUGGAAUUCAGGAUUUCUGA